ACACCCAAGAAACACAGCUAAACAUCAAUUUUGAUUAAGCACUCGGAGAUUGAAUCACAAAAGUUGUUUGAUCUUCGAUCAAAAAGUCUAAGUAUUGCAGAACCCGAGUUUGAUUUCGUCUCUCAGAAAAUACCUACAUCACAUUUUGAUGAACCAGGUAGAAGUUUCACUUGUUCGAGUUUAGUUUAUAGGAAUAGAUUAGCAGCACAAUGGUGGUACCAAGCCAAAGGGUGCUCUUGAUAUCUUUUCUACUUUUGUUGGUCUCGACCACAUUAAUCCAUGCCAAAGGUGACAAGCCGAAACCAGAAGGUGGUGGAAUGGCUGCUGGGGACGGUGGGGACGGCGGUGACGGAGAAGUUGCCGGGGACAGUACUACAGAUGACGGGGCAGUACAGGGAGGAAAGAAGCAGCUUGCACACGGUCCCGUGACGUAUGAUGCCAGGUCUUUGAUCAUUGAUGGGAAACAUGAGCUUCUAUUUUCUGGUUCAAUUCAUUAUCCGCGUAGCCCGGUGGAAAUGUGGCCUGAUAUUCUGAAGAAGGCUAAACAAGGAGGUUUGAAUGUGAUUCAAACUUACGUGUUUUGGAACAUUCAUGAGCCUGUGCAAGGCAAGUGGGAGUUUGAGGGAAACUAUGAUUUGGUGAAGUUUAUUAGGUUGAUCCAGGAGAAUGGAAUGUAUGCUACCCUCAGGGUUGGACCAUUCAUCCAAGCAGAAUGGAACCAUGGAGGUCUUCCAUAUUGGCUGAGAGAGGUCCCUGGAAUCACUUUCCGAUCAGAUAAUGAACCAUACAAGAAACACAUGGAGCAAUAUGUGACCAAGAUAAUGAAGAUGAUGAAGGAUGAAAAGCUAUUUGCUCCACAAGGAGGUCCAAUCAUCUUAGCUCAGAUUGAGAAUGAGUACAAUCAAAUCCAACUUGCAUAUAGAGAGUUGGGAGAUACAUAUGUGCAGUGGGCAGCAAAGCUGGCAGUUGGGCAGAAUAUUGGAGUGCCAUGGAUCAUGUGCAAGCAAAAGGAUGCUCCUGAUCCUGUGAUUAAUACUUGCAACGGAAGGCAUUGUGGAGAUACUUUUUCAGGACCUAACAAACCCAACAAGCCUGCUCUAUGGACUGAGAAUUGGACAGCUCAAUACCGAGUAUUUGGUGACCCUCCUUCACAAAGAGCAGCAGAAGACAUUGCAUUUUCAGUUGCUCGGUUUUUCUCCAAGGGUGGGGCUCUAACCAACUACUAUAUGUACCAUGGUGGAACGAAUUUUGGAAGAACAAGUGCUGUUUUCACAACAACUCGUUACUACGAUGAGGCUCCUCUCGAUGAAUAUGCUUUGCAAAGGGACCCGAAAUGGAGUCACCUCAAGGACUUGCACAAGGCUAUAAAUCUAUGCAAGAAAACUUUGCUUACUGGAACUCCCGGAGACCAAAGGUUGGGGGAAGAAACUGAGGUUCGUUUCUAUGAGAAGCCAGGGACAGAGUGUGCUGCUUUCAUAGCAAAUAAUCACUCGACCAUGGAAGCAACCGUUAAUUGGAGGGGACAGAAGUUUCUCCUGCCACCAGCUUCCAUUAGCAUCCUCCCCGACUGCAAGACUGUGAUCUUCAAUACUCAACAAAUUGUAUCCCAACAUAAUUCAAGGAACUUUGUUACAGCUAGUAAACAAAUGAACUGGGAAAUGUCUCCCGAACCCAUUGCAACCGUCGCGCAAAUCCCAUCCAAUAGUAGGGAAAUGCAGGAGCUCUAUGGCUUGCUAAAAGAUACCACAGACUAUGCAUGGUACACAACUAGCAUUGACCUAAGUCCGUAUGACUUGCCGAUGAAGGAAACUAUCAGGCCAGUUGUACGAAUUCCUAGUCUUGGUCAUGCAAUGGCUGUAUUUGUCAAUGAUGAAUAUAUUGGAUCGCAACAUGGUAGCCACGCAGAGAAAGGUUUCGUGUUCGAGGCACCUGCUAAAAUGAAGCUAGGGGCGAACCAUAUCUCUCUGCUUUGCAUGGUAGUGGGACUCCCAGAUAGUGGAGCGUACAUGGAGCACAGGUAUGCAGGGCCUCGUUCUGUAACAAUCCUAGGAUUGAACACCGGAACAAUCGACCUGUCCGCAAAUGGCUGGGGACAUAGGACUGGCCUGAAUGGUGAAAAGCUCGAAGUGUACACAGAGAAGGGAGCUCAGAAAGUGAAAUGGACGAAGGCAACAGGUAAAGGAAGGGCUCUCACAUGGUACAAGACAAGUUUUGAUGCUCCUUCAGGAAGAGACCCUUGUGCUAUUCGAAUGACCGGUAUGGGCAAGGGAAUGGUAUGGGUGAAUGGUAUAAGCAUCGGCCGUCAUUGGAUGUCCUUCCUCUCUCCUCUUGGACAACCUACUCAAACCGAGUACCACAUCCCAAGAGCCUUCAUUAAGCCUAAGAAUUUCCUUGUUGUAUUGGAGGAGGAGCCAGCAGACCCAAAAGACAUUGAGAUCGUAACAGUCAACAGAGACACCAUCUGCAGCCUUAUUAGACAGGACUAUCCCGGACAUGUUAAGUACUGGGAUAGAAAAGGCGGCAAGCUCACAACAGCUCCUGGAAAAAGCCUCCAACCAGCAGCUCUCCUCAACUGUCCAAACUACAAAAAGAUCAGUGCUAUUGAAUUCGCGGGCUAUGGCAAUCCUGACGGCUUCUGUGGAGCCUUUAAAUUGGGACAAUGCAAUGCUCCUGAAGCCAAGAAGGUCGUCGAAGAUCAUUGCUUGGGAAAGAUUUCAUGUACAGUCCCAAAUGACCCCAGCCUCUUCUUCAAGUCUGGUGAUCCUUGCCCUGGUAUCAAGAAGACACUAGCUAUCCAAGCAGCGUGCAGCUUUUAAAGCUCCAAGUGAACAUACUAGUGUGUUGGUGAGAUAACAGUUUCUGGUUGAAGUAAAGAUCCCCUAGCUAGCUAAUAGUAUGGUUAAAAGUGCAUGGACAAGUAGAAUUGGGAUCCUUGGAGCUCAUCUUUAUUUUCUUUGUAGUAAUUAAUCAGUACUCAGGCCUAUUUAUCCAGCUUUUUCGUGCUUUAUUCAUAAAUGUACACGAUGGCUUAGUCAGUCAUCGAUUUUGUGCAUGUUUUUGCCAAGUGCUGAUCUUCAGGAAAGCACUGAAUUGAACUGUUCAGUUCUUCGAA